AUGGCGGCGGAGGGGCCCGAGCAGGGAGCCGGGGGCUCCGGGGACACCGAGGGGGCGAUGGACGGGGACGGGGAUAGCGGUGAGACCGCGGGAACGGGCGGGGGUGAGGAGCUGCUGGAGGCCGCCCGGCGCGCCUUCGACGCGUUCUUGCAGCGCUACCCGUACUGCUACGGCUACUGGCGCAAGUACGCCGAGCUGGAGCGGCGCCUGGGCAGCGCCCGCAGCGCCCAGCAGGUGCUGGAGCGGGGGCUGCAGUCCAUCCCGCUGAGCCUGGAGCUGUGGCUGCACUACAUCGCGCUGCUGCAGAGCUCGCUGGACCCCGCGCGGCCCGACAGCGCCCAGCGCGUGCGUGGGGCGUUCGAGGCGGCGCUGGCGGCGGCCGGGAUGGAUUUCCGCUCGGACAAGCUCUGGGAAUCCUACGUGGAGUGGGAGCGGGAGCGCGGCGACCUGCGCGCCGUCACGGCCAUCUACGACCGCCUGCUGUCCAUGCCCACGCAGCUCUACAGCCGCCACUGGGAGAGGUGCGUGAGGCCGGGAAUUCCCCGGGAAUCCACCGGGAAACGGCGGGGAAACACUGGGAAUUCCCUGGGAAAACGGUGGGGAAACGCCCGGAAUUCACUGGGAAAAUGGUGGGGAAAUGCCCGGAAUUCACUGGGAAUUCACUGGGAAUUCACCGGGAAAUGGCGGGGAAACACCCGGAAUUCCCUGGGAAAACAGUGGGGAAACGCCCGGAAUUCCCUGGGAAAACAGUGUGAACCCCCCGACUUUUGUGUGAACUCCCCAAUUUUGGCUGUGAACCCCCCGAUCUGGGAGGAGCUGGAGCAGGAGAAGAUCCGGGAGCUGGUGAUCUCCAUGAGGCAGCAAAUCCACGCCCAGAACGAGGCCGAAGUCAGCAAACGCUGGAGCUUCGAGGACGGGUACACGCGGUACCUGGAGUCGCGCACGUACACGCGGUACCUGGAGUCGCGCACGGUGCCGGGCGCCCGCAGCGUGUUCCAGCGCGCCUGCGGCUCCCACCUGCCCCGCAAGCCCAACAUCCACCUGCUCUGGGCCGCCUUCGAGGAGAAACAAGGCAACGUGGACGAGGCCCGGCGCAUCCUGCGCUCCUUCGAGGCCGCGGUUCCUGGCUUGGCCAUGGUGCGGCUGCGCCGCGUCAGCCUGGAGCGCCGGCACGGGCGCGUGGCCGAGGCCGAGGCGCUGCUGCUCGAGGCCAUGCGUGCCAACGAGGGGCUGCCCCUGGGCUCCUUCUACGCCGUCAAGCUGGCCCGGCAGGUGUGCAAGGUGCAGCAGAACCUGGGCAAGGCCCGCGAGGUGCUGGUGGAGGCGCUGGAGAAGGAGCCGGUGAGAGGGGACGGCUCGGAGGUCGUUUAAAAAUCAGCAAAAAAUUCGAUAAUGUGUGUUAAUUAAUGCUGGGGGUGCUGGGGUUUGGGUUUGGGGGGAAAAGGUGGGAAUUUGGGAUGCCUGGAAAUGCUGGGGUGGUUGGAGGGGGCUCGGAUCCUGUUUGGGGUGCUCAGAGAUCGUUUUGGGACCCCCAAGAUGGCCUGGAUCCCACGCAGACCCCUCCAGUCCC